GACGCGGACUUCGGGCCGACGCUCGUGCGACUCGCGUGGCACUCGUCCGGGACGUACGACCGGAUGGGCAAGACUGGUGGGAGCGGCGGCGGGACGAUUCGGUUUAAAGAGGAACUCGCGCACGGCGGGAACGCGGGACUGGAUAAGGCGAUCGCGAAGCUCGAGCCGAUCAAGAAGCGGCACCCGGACGUAUCGUGGGCCGAUCUCAUCGCGUUCGUCGGCGUCGUGGCGAUCGAAGAGAUGGGCGGGCCGAAGUUGAAGUUUUCGUACGGUCGCGUCGACGAGAUGGAUCCCGAGGCGGUCACCCCCGACGGGCGCUUGCCCGACGCCGACAAGGGCGACGGCCCUGGACCGAAGACGAGGCAAGGCUUGCGCGACGUCUUCUACCGCAUGGGUUUCGACGAUCGAGAAAUCGUCGCGUUGAGCGGCGCCCACGCCCUCGGUCGUUGUCACGCCGACGCGUCCGGUUACGUCGGACCGUGGAGCGGGACGCCGUUGCUGUUCAACAACUCCUACUUCGUCCUCCUCAAAGGCUUGAAGUGGGAGCCGAAUCCGGACGCCAAAAAGUUCCAAUACAAAGACCCGAGCGGCAACUUGAUGAUGCUUCCGAGCGACAUCGCGCUCAUCGAAGACGCCGACUUCAAGAAGUACGUCGACGUCUACGCCAAGAGUCAGAAGGUUUUCUUCGAAGACUUCGCCGCCGCGUUCGAAAAGCUCGAGACGCUCGGC